AUGGCCGACAACAAGAUCCACUUUGGCCCUCCCGAGCCGAUGAUGGACAAUGAGAAGCAGAUCCAGCGGAACCCGCACCCGGACUUCAAGAGCGUCGAAGCCACCCGCCCGGACUGGGAAGACAAGCCAAUUGCAUGGUCCAAGACCAAGAACCCGGACUGGAAGCUCGGAGACGGCCCCAAUGACGGCGGCGAGAGCCUGAAGAAGGAGCACAUCGAGAUUGACCCGUACGCCGAGGGCCGCCCCGCCGUCUUCAACUACAAGCUCCUGAUCUCCGCCAUAACCCCGCGUCCAAUCGGAUUCGUCGGCACAAGAUCAAAAGAUGGCUCGUCGACCAACCUCGCCCCCUUCUCCUACUUCAACGUCAUCAACCACGACCCGCCGCUCUUCAUCAUCGGCUUCGCCGGCGGCUGGCACCAGGCCAAGGACUCGCUGGCCAACCUGCGCGACAGCGGCGAGUGCACGCUCAACAUGAUCUCGGAGCACUACAUCGAGGCCGCCAACGCCGCCAGCAUCAACGCCCCCUUCGGCGUCUCCGAGUGGGCCCUGACCGGCCUGCACCCGGCGCCCUCGUCCGUCGUCAAGGCCUCGCGCGUCAAGGAGGCCGUCUUCUCCGUCGAGGCCAAGCUGUACAAGACCGAGGAGUUCGAGAGCCGCGCCACCCCCGGCAAGAAGACGGGCGUGCUCGCCAUCGUCGAGGGCGUGCGCUUCUGGGCCCGCGAGGACGCGCUGAAUGAGCAGCAGAACUUGAUCGAUCCGCAGGUUCUGCGUCCUAUGGCCAGGCUCGGAGGCAUCUCUUAUGGACGCGUUGUCGAGGCUCUGGAGCUGCCGCGGCCAGAUUAUGAACAGAAGAUCAAGUCUGAUGAUGCGGAGAAGCUGAAGAAGCCGAAAGCCGACGGAGAGUUAUGA